AUGAAGAGAGCUUUGCUUUCCAAGAAUAAGAUAAAGUUCAUUGAUGGGUCUAUAAAGAAACCCCAGAAAAUCAACACAUUGUUUGAUGCAUGGGAGAGAUGCAAUAUGAUGAUUUUAUCUUGGAUAACAAAGACCCUUUCCCCACAAAUUGUUGAAAGUGUUAUAUACGUUGAAGAAGCCAAAGAAUUAUGGGAUGACCUGAAAGAAAGAUUCUCCAAGGGUGAUUACUUCAAGAUUUCUGAUUUACUUCAGGACAUACAUUCUAUUAAACAAGGAGAAAGGGGGGUGAGUCAGUUCUUUACAGAUUUGAAGAUCCUAUGGGAGGAGUUAGAUAUCCUAAGACCUAUACCUACCUGCACGUGUCAGAUUCCAUGUAGUUGUGAUCUCUCAAGAAUUUCCUUGAAGUAUAGAGAAAUGGUACAUGUGAUAUGUUUCUUAAAAGGGUUAAAUGAUUCCUACAACACUGUUAGAACACAAAUUCUUUUAAUGGAUCCUCUUCCAAAUAUCAAUCGGGUUUUCUCUCUUAUUAUGCAACAAGAGAGACAAGAGAAACAAGGUUCUGCAGAUAUCAAAGUUCUGGCCAACGUUGCUGACAGAAGCCGUCAAUGGAAAAGCGAAGGACGGGGUUCUGGAUUUCGUGGUCAAGGAAAAGGAAGAGGUAAAAAUCCUAACUAUGGUAAACAAUGCUCAUAUUGCAACAAGAUGAAUCACACUAUAGAUGAGUGCUAUUCUAAGCACGGGUACCCACCUUGGUAUAAGAAAGGAGACAACAACCAAGAUAAAAAGAAUGACUGGAGUUCUGCCAAUGCGUGCCAGAACAACACUGAACCUGAAGGGAUUCAGAACACACAUCAUACCAAUAAUAGUAAUAUUUUCAAUUCUUUCACAGCUGAACAGAUGCAAAAACUUCUCAGAAUGAUAGACAAAGUUGAUGAGCCUACUCACAAAGUCAAUCAAGUUCAAAGGAAUGAAACUGAGAACAAACAAGGAUACAAAAGUGGUGUGAAAGGUUACAUUGUGCUUGAUAUAAAUACCAAGGAACUCCUUAUAAGCAGAAAUGUUCUCUUCCAUGAAGACAUUUUUCCUUACAAAAACCUGCAAGGCAACAGAGAAGACUAUGAUACUGAAGAGGACAAAGCUGAUUCACUCAAUGAUCUUCUAAGAGAUCACUAUCCCACUAAUGAUGACAUACAUGCUGAAUUAGAUGUUACUGACCAAGAAGAGGUGCAACAACCCUCUGAUGAUGGAGGCAACAGUGACAGUACAGGAAACAAUCAAGAAAAUUAA